UUUAUUCUUAUUUUUGUGAUUUGCCGAUCUUCCUAUUUUGCAAGUCCUCUCUCAGUUUGAAGUACGUAAACAACGGUGAUUUCAGUUUUGAGCUACAAGUUUACAACUAUGCCACGAAAUUCAAAGCAAAAACCCGCGGAAACCCCACCCGACGAUACGGGGAAGAAAACCCUGAAAUCCGGAGUGCAGGUAUGGUAUCCGCCAAGCAUGUACAAGAACAGUAACACCAAUGCGAAAGCCGAAGAAAAGCCUCAGACUUCCGCCGACCCUUCUCCCACCACAUCAUCCAAGGAGUCCAAAGCGGCGAAGACCCGAACACGGAUUGUGUUCGAUCCGGACGAUGACUCUCCUCCGAGUACUUCGAAGAAGAUCAAAUCCGGACAUUCCACGGAGAAAACACAGAAAAUCGCGAAGCCAGCCAGCAGUCCCAGCCUGACGAAAUUACCAUCCGGAGUAUCGGUGUGGUAUCCCGAAGCCUUAUACCCGACAUCCAAACAGACCGUUAAACCGCUCACCUCCACCUACUACAAUCUCCCAUUGCGACUGCAGCGCAAAGGAUGGACGAUCAUGACCAACAAGGAGACCAAACAAAAGUUCUUCUACAAUAUGAAGACCGCAGCAAGCUCGUACGAGCGUCCAGAUGACUUCACCGAACCCGAUUCCGUGGAAAGCGAUGAUGAUAGCAAGCUGCAGAAGAAACCAACGAGCCGAUUCCCGCGUCCGCGAGCGUCCAGUACAUCGGCGACCUCGUCGGGCACUGUCGCCAGUGCGCCGAAGGUCUCCCGCAAGAUCAUCGUGAAAAAGCGAAUUCCUUCCAAAACAAAUGUCAUUACGCUGCCAGACGAUGAUGAGGAUGUGGAGAUGGAGGAUAUCACGGAGGAGACGGCAGAUGGUCCGGAAAUGGAAAUCGAUCCAGUGGAGACCAUUAAAAAUCUACGCAAUGUGAUUGUCUACAAUGCGGAGGCGGCGCCCAGCUUCUCCGUGCCAGAUGCUCCAGCACGCAGUGCUGGCAGCAAUCAGCCCGUGUUUGAUUUGGUGUUUGACACCAAUGUGCUCUUGAGCAACGAAGCCGGGAAUUUUUUGGUUGAUUUUGCGUUAAAUAAGUUGAAAGCAUUGCCGGCUAUUCGCAUUCGUAUUCCGCAUAUUGUUUUCGUGGAGCUGGAUCGGUUGAAGACGCGGAUUGGGAAUCCGAUCGCGAUAUUGGCGGUUCAAGCGAUUCGUUUCUUGAACGACAUUAUCUUGGUGCGCAAAGAUCCUCGUUUCAUUGGCCAGACUGCGCAGGAAUACAGCCGCGGCAUCCAUAAUUUCCCCGCGUCCAUGAAUGACGAUCACAUCCUGGUGUACUACUUGCAGAUCCAGGACCAGCACAUUCCUAACAACCAUAUCGUCUGUAUUACGAAUGACGUCAAUCUGCAGACACGAGCAGCGGUGAAUAAUGUCCGGGCCAUCAACGGGGCCAAGUUGUUUCAGGAAGUGGACAAGAAACUCAACACGCAACCGUCCAUGUUCGAUGUGCCGGUGCAGAAUUUCAGCGUGCCAUUGGUCAGCUUGGCGGAUAGUACGGUUCAUGUGGGGAACGGGAAUGCGGGACUGUCGCUGGAUGUCUGCUUGACUGUGCAAAAAUGUGUAACCAAAAUACUGCUGAAAGUGUUGUCGGCAUUAUUGGAAGCGAGGAUGAAAAGGCUAUACGACGAUCACUGGCUGGAUGUGGUUAAAAUCAUACCACCAUGGGUGACCGUCGCAAGCGUUACUGAAGCGAUUCUGAAGCAUUGGAUAGCUGCAUUUGGCGAUAUCUUCUCAGCUGACGAUAAAACCCUUCUGUCUUCUUUGUUGACGAUCUCGAAUAGCACUUCUAUGACUGUUGUCCACACCGACGAUCUACUGUUGCACGGGAUUAAGGCGCUGAAUAUUGUGGCCCGUUUGCCUAUGGACAUUCGCGCUCCAUUUGAUCAUCUUGUGUCGGCGGGACGGAUGUUUACGGAGCGCUGGCGGGAUAUGUUCGAUCGUGCCCGGCGUGGACUGCAGCCAGUUGAUCUGUUGGUGAAGGACUGCACGGAGUUUCUGCAGAACAAUGUUUGAAUUUCGGCAUGGUGUAGAACACCUGAGACCAGUGUCUGCUUCUUCGUUUUUAACUUCUAAUUGAAGCAAACCAUAGUUUGUAUAGAUCUGCUCACAUCGUUUACUACUGAUAUUGGGAAUGGUGAUGGGAAUGGGUUUUGUUUGUACUACAGUAAUACAAAUACCUUCCGCUAAAUUGCGUUAAAUAAUCGGUUGUUUAUCUCUGGAAAGUUUCAGUUGUUACAGAUCUUAAGUUGAAGAUUUAGUUAAUGGUUGUGUGUUGAAAGUUGGAAAUAACUGUUUACGACAA